UUUACGCAAACUUCUUUGGAAGGAGAAAGGAGAAUUGUUGGAGCUGGAGGGGGUAAAAGGAGUCCAUUCCAGGGAAACUGGAGGCUGUGCCUUGCAACACUGUGAUUCAUUUUAUUUUUCAAUUAGAAUUGUUCCACACUUUCAUCCCUCUUUUUGUUAGCUGAAGAUGUCUACAGCCCUCGUGUCUCCAACCAUCUUUGAGCUGAGUGAAGUUUUAUGCAAAAGUAACAAGAUGCUGAACUACAACCCCUCAGCUGUUGGAGGGUGUCUCUUGGACAGGAAGGCAGUGGGAACUCCGGCUGGCGGGGGUUUCCCCAGGAGGCAUUCUGUCACCUUGCCGAAUUCCAAGUUCCACCAAGCCCAGCUCCUUAGCAGCCUCAAGGGGGAGCCAGCCUCAGCCUUGGGCCCCAGGGAGAAUCGCUUUCGGGAUCGCUCCUUCUCUGAAGGUGGUGAGCGACUACUUCAGCAAAAGCAACCUGGAGGCCAAGUCAACUCAAGUCGCUACAAGACAGAGCUGUGCCGCCCCUUCGAGGAGAACGGGGCCUGCAAAUAUGGAGACAAGUGCCAGUUUGCCCAUGGCAUCCACGAGCUGCGGAGCCUGACCCGCCACCCCAAGUACAAGACAGAGCUCUGCCGCACUUUCCAUACCAUUGGCUUCUGCCCUUAUGGGCCUCGCUGUCAUUUUAUCCACAAUGCUGAGGAGCGGCGGGCGGUCGCAGGUGGGAGGGAGCCUGCCAUCAACGAAAGACCCCGCCUCCAACACAGCUUCAGCUUUGCUGGUUUCCCAAGUGCUGUUGCUGCCAAUGGGCUGCUGGACAGCCCUACUUCGAUAACCCCUCCGCCCAUCAUGAGUGCUGAUGACCUCCUGGGCUCUCCUACUCUGACUGACUGUGCCAGCAAUCCCUUCACCUUCUCCAGCCAGGAGCUGACCAAUCUUUUUGCUCCCAGCAUGGGGGUACAGGUUUCUGGUGGGGGUUCACCCACUGCUUUCCUCCUGAGACCCAUGUCUGAAUCCCCCAACCUGUUUGACUCACCCCCAAGUCCUCAGGACUCCCUCUCUGACCAUGAAGGCUAUCUGAGCAGCUCUAGCAGCAGCCACAGCGGCUCAGAUUCGCCCAUCCUGGACACCUCAAGACGUCUUCCCAUCUUCAGCAGACUCUCCAUCUCUGAUGAGUAACCUGGUGUUGCCUCUUGGCCUCUUCCCACCUCUCUUUUACAAAGUUAAGCUUGUAAUCUCUCUCUCUCUCUCUCUCUCCCUCCCCCAAGUCUUCUUAACAUCUCUGGGUUAGAUGUUAGCACAAAGAGAGUCCACCUGCCAAGAGUCUACUCACUGGCUGAAACCAUAAGUGCCAAAUUACAACAAAAAGUGAUAAUCGUUUACAAAUGUAGUGCCUUUUAACAUGUUCACUGUGACUAUAUUACCUCCCCAGCUGCAGAGGGCACCAGCAGCCUCCAUAGAGCUCUGUGCAUUUCCAGAUGUGCAGGGAAUAUCCGGAACCAGCAGCUCCCAUCACUGGCCAUGAUGCAGGAUCCUUCUACUUCCUUUCCCCCACUUCCCUUCUUUUGGCUAGUGUUUUGUAGACAUAAUGGCAUGUGGACACCUGUUAACAUCAAACCCCUUCUACCUUUUAAAGACUAAUCUUGCCUGAAACUACUCAGGUCAGCCAGAAGAACAGCUGAAAAUGGACAGUAACUAUAACAUGCGUGGGACUUGGGAACUGGAGAGGGAAGCCAGAUGGACAAUGAAAGACUUGCUUUUGGUGCUACAAGUUCCCCAUGUGUGUACAUGUGACAUCUUCAUCAACAACAACAACAAAAUGGGGAGGGGUGUGUUUAACGGUGUUCAUUCCACACAUGCAAGUUCUGUGUAAACAAAGUUCCAGUAGUCAUAGCUUUAAUGGUUUUGCUCUAGAGUACAAUAGACCCAUCUGUAGAGCACUCACGCCAAGCUUUUUUAUUUUUUUUCCUGGGUUUUUAAUUUUGUAUAACUUUUCAGAAAUUGGAGAGCAAAUUUUGCUUGUCACUGCACAACAAUAUAAAGCUUAUUUAACUUAUCAAAACGUAUUUAUUGCUGAACCUAUGCUUUUUUUUGUUAAUUUUGUUCAUAUUUAUCUGGAUGAUGAAUUCAUAGAAUAUAUUCUUUUAUGUUUAAAUUAUGAUCUUCCAUAUUAAUCUUAAGAUUGUGAAGUCUUUUUCUUUCCCCCUCCCCCACAGUUUAAUAUAUUAUACUACAAUGACAUUUUUUGUAACUUUACACUUUUUUGGUUAUUUUAUUUUAAAAAAAUGAAAAAUUAAUUUAAAAAAAUGCAACAGCUGUGUUUGGAUUAUUUAUUUUAGAUCGUUCCCCUUUUUGUGUCGGACUGCAAAUUGAGUUUAAUGUGCUUCUUUGCCUCUCUUUGCCCCAACAAGGCCUCUCCCAGAUGGGAUGGAAUUUUGACCAUGCUGAUGUCAUUGGAAGCUUUGUCACUGACUUCAGUAGGGUGAGGAUUUCACUGUGGGCCUCUAGAAUGUAAACGCACAAGCUGUGCUGUGAGACGAUAAAAUGGAAGACUGCUUCCUUUUUUCUUUUCUUUUUUGUAAGUAUUUAAAGGAAAAACGUCUACCCUUUGCUUUCAAGUGCCUAUCUUAAAGACAUUCCAAAUACCGUUUGUCUUUGCAUUUCUGUAUUCCAAGAAUGGAGUGUUUCCUCUUUUAAGGUAAACUUUACUGGCACAAAGAACACAUUGAAUGUAAUUUUCCCCAUUACUGUUCACUACAUUGCCUUUUUCUUUUUCCCCCUUUUGUGUGAGUUUAUUUAAAAGAAUCUUUUGUAACGACUGUUUGCAGUUUAAAUCAAUAAAUCCCAAGUGUUUUUUCAAGAA